GCUGGUGGUGUGUCAAGAUGAUACGCCUGUCGAAGCCCCGCCUGCUGUUGGCGUCUACGACGCACUACCUGCGUCGCAAGUACUGGAUCCUGUGUUGGUCGCUGACAGAUCCCAUGGUGGUGGACUACUUCUUCGAAAAGUUCAUGAGAUGGCAGUACUACGAUGUGCCGGUCAGCCAGCCAGCCACGGCGGGAGAGAGGAGACACAUACCAUGGAGCUCGUGUGGUGUGGUGUGUUGUGUUGUGUGCAGUCGUACAACUAUAUGUUUGCUGGAGCCCUGGGCAUCGGCAUCUGCUCGGCCUGCUACUUCAGAGUCUCGUUCUUCUGUCCACAAGUCUCGUAAGUGUUCCUUGAUGGCCUCCAGUGCUUCCCUUCCUGUGCUGCUCUGCUGUCACACUGUGUGUGUGUGUGUGUUUGUGCAGGGUUCGCCGGUCUGACCGGCACAAGGCCCUUCCGGAUCAGCACCGCACCCACGCCCACGCGCUGCCGUACUUCAACCACCACCUCCGGUAUGUAUGGGCCCACACCGCACGCCACACCAACACACAGCACACACAGCCACACACACACACGUGUGCUGUCUGUCUGUCUGUCGUUGGCCCCCCCACAUGUCUGUCUGUCUGUCUGUCUGUCUGUCUCUGUGUGUGUGUUGUCAGCAACUGGGUGUUGAAGUGGCGUGCGAGUUUGAUCGACAACGAGCCUGACUUCCAGGGUGACCAUCCGUGGGGCAUCCGUCCGCCCCGCCAGAUGGGCUACCAGCGCUGCCCCUGGUUCCUCCCAUUCCCCUACCAGUACAUCAUGAACGUCCCCCACUACGAGAGAACCACACACGCAGCUAUGGAGGAAUACUACGAGGUCAGAUAUAUACAGCCAUCUAGCAGGGACGGACGGACGGACGGAGGGAGGGAGCACAACAGCCACCCAUGUUUGUCUGUGUCUGUCUGUGUGUGUGUGUGUGUGUUUAGCGCAUCGGGUACUACGGCAAGACCAGGUACCGGUUCGGCAUCCACCACGACCAGCAGGAGGGCGAGGGCCUCCCGGAGCCCGACGAGGAGGAAUUGGAGUGAUCCACACACACUCACACAGAUAGCACACAUGGCACACGCGACACACCACACCACGCACACUCGCUCGACCAGAAGUGAGGGAGGGCAUGCGUUGAUGGGCGUCGUGUUGGGCCGGUGUGGUGUGCGGCGGUGCUUUCAAAAAGUGUUUGGCUGACCGAAGUGGCUGCCUGGCUGACGUGUAACAUGAUCUAACUCACUCAUCCUCUCCUCUCCAUCCUCAUCUGUCCGAUCGUCUGCUCGUCCUGUGUGUGUGCCUGUCUGCGGUUCUGUCCUGGCUGUCUUUUGAACGGGAGAGCUAGGGUUGCGCCGCAGCGGCAGGCAGAACACAGGCGGGCGAGGGCAGGAGGGCAAUGGAUGGAUGGACCAUUCAUGUGGUGCUGUUGUAUGUAUGGUCACUGACUGGGGUGUGCUCCACUGCUGUCUGUCUCUCUGUGGGCGAGGAGGAGUUGCGUCGGGUGGCUUGGCUCGCGGUUGUGUCUUCCAGCGUGUGUCAGUGUGGACAGCUACACGGCACGGGUGAAUCCAUCCCUCCGGAUGCAUCUGUUCCGUGUACGAUGGCCGCUCCGACACACACUGGACGACACGAACAUGAGACGAGCAAGCACAAGGUGGUUUCGUACGUGCGGAGAGGGGCGAGAGAUCUGUAGCUCUGCCAGAAGCGCGCAGCCGAGAGCUUUUUUGACACACCCACAGCCGCACCGCACUACACCUGCUGCUGUAGAGUAGGCGGCUACCGAGAAGACAGCUGACUGACUGACGGAUAGGGCGUUGAGCGAAU